UCCAUUUUCUUGGUCGAGGGUCUUUGUUGACUGUAGCAUAUCAUCGCAUCACAUCACAUUAUCAUACGCUUAUUUCCUCGUCGUUCGUUCUCUCUCGACUCAUUUUACUCAUUGGUUUUUGGAGGCAUCUUUGUGGCAUACGAUACCAUAGUAGGGUGGAAAUGACAACUUUUUUUGGAGAUUGCUGCGUGCUUGGACGAUUUGAAAUCAAAUAUUAAUCACCCAGAUCUGAGAUCUGCAUCUCCACAACACUUGUCCACUUCAUCGUAAUUACAGUGCUAGUAGUCUUACUAAACAAUGGACGCUGACAUCGAGCACUUGGUCCUCUCAGGCAAGCUCUUCGGCACAAACUCACGUUCCUCCUCCCCCGAACGCAGCCCCUCCCCGACCCUAUCCUUCGCAUCCGCGUCCUCAGAAUCCUCCACCCACCAGCCUGAUGUGGCACAACAAGAAUCCAUCGGGAUGGGUCCUGGGCGUACGGGCGUAAAAGGCGUCAUCCGCGAUCAACACGAAGCAGCUACGCUACAAGCCGAGCGGCGUGCACGAGAGAUGGAAGAAGUGCGCCGACGGAUGGAGAGGGCUAAUCUGGGUGGGAAAACAUUUUUAGAGGAGGAGGCGGAGAAAGAGGCGUUGGAUCCUGAGAAGGGGGAAAAGCGGAUCGAUGUUGAUGUCCUGGGUCUUCCUAGGGCGGGGCGAUUUGGCCAUCUAAGGGAAGUUGGUCGUGGGGGGUUCGUGAGUGCUGUGGAGAGGGAGGAUAGAGGUGUUUGGGUGGUUGUUCAUCUGUAUGAGUCGUCGUUGGAUCGGUGUUAUGCGCUUGAUGAGAUGCUGGCGCGACUUGCGCGGACGUACCCUGAGACGAAGUUUGUUCGUGCGAGGGCUGCUGCGCUUGGGUUUGCGUCGACUGCUUUGCCAUCUUUGUCGUCUCGGGUGCGGUCCAAGUCGGAUGGGAUGCCUGGGCGAUUUGUCGAUGAUGAUGAAGAGGAUCCAUAUGCUGAUGGGGCUGGUGAGAAGCCUUAUUACGAUGAUGAUGACGAUGAGGGAGAACAGGAAGAGGACGUCGACACUGACAUGCUACCAACACUACUGGUCUAUCGCGACGGUGAGCUCGUGCAUAAUUGGGUACGUGUAGACUGGGAAGCAGGGGAGGCGGGUGUUGAGGAUUUACUCGCAAGACGAAACGUCAUCUCGUCAUUCAGGUCAACUGGCAAUUGCGGCCUACCAGAAGAUGACGGUGAUGAUCUGAUAUGGAGUGACGAAGACGAUAAAGAACGAUGACCUGCGAAUCAGGGUUCUUACUGUUGAAGUUCCGCGCCCUUCAAAACAUCGUACCUAUCUUUGUAUCUCCCGGCUUUGGUGGUCCAAUUCCCUGGUAUUAAUAUUGGGUGCAUAUAACCAUUGUGGCCUGAUACUUAGGACGUAAACUUGUUCUUGCAUUCCAUAUACCCAGCAGUGCAGUCUGUUCCUCAUGGUCAGGGCUCCACAACGGGACAUCGUUGAUUUUCAUGGUCGCACAUUGAUGUGAAUAAUUAUCUUGCAAGGACCUGAUAUGGGUGGUACUACGAGGAUAGUAUGUAUAGUACCAUUACCUGGUUUUUCUUUGUGCAAUCUUUGUGCAAUCAUCUCUGAAAUUUGAUCCGU